AAAUUAAAUAAGCAUAUAUAGAAAUGAUUCUAAGCAAUGAUUUAGUGUUAGGAAAUUAGCCUAAAUAAAUCAAAUGUCCUUUCUGUUCGAACUCAACAGUUUCAGCGAUUACUUAUAAGAAUGGAUAUUUAAGCUACAUUGCUUGUUUCUUAAUUUUGCUAAUUUUUGGAUUUAUGGCAAGUAUUCUAUUAAUUCCAAUUAUAAUGUUAAUAACAAGAACUUUAAUUCAUAAAUGUUCUGCAUGCCAUCAAGUAAUAGGGGGUGAUGGAAAAGUCUUUCACGUAUUAGGUGUAAAGGACUCAAUGAUGUCAUUCAAAAUUGGAGAGUUGGGAAUCAUUUUAACAAAAAGAAUAGUUAUAGGAAUUUCAUUGUUGAUUUUAACAUUAGGGGUGUUAUGGUAUAGGAUAAUGGAGAUACCCACUUCAUAGUGGAUGGACUAUCAUCAACAUUACAGUCCUAAUAUCACUAUUGCUGACACUUGGACUGAUUAUUUAGAGAAAUGCUCAAAACAAAAAGUAUUCCAAAAUGUCCAAUUUUAAUAAUAUUGCGAAUAAAAGUACGUCGAUAGAACAAUAGUAGAUUGGAAGGGUUUUGCGAUCAGAGUAGAGGAUAAUCAAUAAUCUUUAUUGAAGUUCCUUCAUCAUUCUGUUAACAUUUUAGUGAAAAUGGAUCCAGCAGAAAGUGAAUUCCACCCUGAUUUAUUAUUGACUGCUGAUAGUGAAGUGGCUACUGAAUUAUCUUUAGAGAUCGAGAAAUUAGAAAGAGGCAGUGAAUUUAGGUUCGCAGCUAUCAUUAAGUCGAUUGGAGAUUUUCAAAAUAUUAGACACUUUCAUCUUCUAAAUAUCACUAAACUUGAUGGGUACAUUGAAAUUCCACCUCAUCUUCAUUAACAGAGCAGAUAUGGAAAUUCUUAACAGUUUCUUGCUUCAUCCACUAAUUGA